CCUCAGGACAACCGGACCGCGCUGCACUGGGCCUGCUCGGCGGGACACACGGACGUCGCUGAUCUCCUCCUCGGCCUCGGCGUGCCUGUGGGCGACAAGGACGAUGCUGGCUGGACUCCCUUACACAUCGCCGCCUCCGCGGGCCGCGAUGACAUUGUGAAAUCCCUCCUUGCCAGGGGUGCUCCAGUCAACGCUGCCAACCACAACGGCUGCACGCCCCUCCAUUAUGCAGCCUCCAAAAAUAAGCAGGAGAUUGCAGUCAUGCUCCUGGAGAACGGAGCUGACCCGGAUGCAACAGAUCAUUUUGAAUCCACCCCAUUACACAGGGCAGCAGCCAAAGGAAACCUAAAAAUGGUACAGAUCCUCCUGCAGCACAAUGCAUCUCUGAACAUACAGGACUCUGAAGGGAAUACUCCUCUUCAUUUAGCCUGCGAUGAAGAGAGAGUGGAGGAGGCAAAGCUGCUGGUGUCUCACGGUGCAAGUAUUCACAUUGAGAAUAAAGAGGAACUGACCCCCCUCAAAGUGGCCAAGGGUGGCCUGGGAGCUGUGCUUAAAAGAAUGGUGGAAGGCUAG